AUGGACGGACCCCCGCCCCCUCCUCCACCUCACGGUACUCCUCCAGGAGGUAGACCACCCCCCAAUGCAAACGGCGGGUAUCGCAAAUCGACAGACCUUCCAGAAGGACCGUAUGAUAUUUUCAUCGUUCCGCCUCAUUCGUCAGGUUCUGGUUUCAUAUACCUACCUUCCCUUCAAUGUCAUAGGAACAGCUUCCUGGCGGGAGUGGCGGCCACUCUAGUUGGAGUAGGAGUAUACGUAUGGGUGGUGCCCAUUCUGAAAACGUGGGUUUCAUCAGUUGCUCAAAGUGGUGGUUCGGGCGUCUUUUUGGUUGUUAUAGUGGUUGGGAUUGCUAGCUGGGCUUGGGGAAGGUCACAAACAGGUUCCAGCAGCACGCCGCCCCCGCCUCCGCCGCGUGGUGCUCCUCGACCGCCUCCCACUGGUGGAGGAACGGGUCACGGAGGCCCGCAGCACGAACCGCCUCCCUCAUCAGGCCCCAAUCAUAACUCCGGGGAAGGCCCUCAUUAUCAAAAUUUCAAUGGGCAGUACUCAGGAGGUUAUGGAAAUGGUCCGAACCCAGGUGGACAAUACAAUGGCGGCCCAUUCCCUGGUAGCCAGUAUCCUGGAGGCCAUCGUUAUACACAAGGAGAAGGAACCUCUGGGGCUGGCGGGUCGGCCCCGCCGCCUCAAUCUCCUCCAGAUCCACCACCAACUACGCCACCCAAUCCAUCUGAAAAUGACACUCCCAAGCCGAAAGACACAGACUGGGAAAAGGCGAGGGAGGAAACAAAACGAAAAGAAGACAUAAGAAGGAAAAUGGAGGAGUUCCGGAAGAAGAGAGAGGAGGAAGAAAAGGAAAAACAAAGACAACGGGAGAAGGAGGCGCGAGAACGAGAAUUCCGUGAGAGGAAGGAAAAGAGAGAAAAGGAGCGACUUGCUAAAGAAGCCGAGGAAAAGGAGGCUACAGAGAAAGCCGCUAAAGAGAAAGCUAGGGCGGAAGCUGCUGCUCGGUUCGCCGCUGCUCGUGAAGCCGUGGCCGCAAAGAGAGCUGCAGACAAGGCAGCUGCGGAAAAACUUGCAGCGGAGAAGCUCGCAGAAGCGAAAUUAAUGGCGGAGAAGUUGGCAACAGAAAAAUUAGCGGCGGAGAAAUUAGCGGCGGAAAAACUGGCCGCAGAGAAACGUGCAGAGUCGGUUAAGCAAGCGCCAUCUGUCAACACCCCCCCAAGAACGCCUUCCCCGCAAAAAAAACCUCCUUUUCCAUCUGCAAAAACAGAACUCGAGGAUGAUGCAUAUUCAUUUCGUCCCUAUGAUCGACCCAGGAAACAGCCGUCUGCACCCUCCGUAUUCUCUGAAUCAUCGUAUGCACCGUCCCAAUCGACUGCACGAACAACUCCACCACCCUCUCGACGCGGACCGUAUUCCACAAAGGAUCCUGAUAAGAUCAUUAUAUAUGGCGUCUGGUGUCGGGGGAAGGGGCAUGUAACCGAUGGUUUGAUACUACGCAUCACCACGGAAGGAAUGUUCGUAGAUGAUGACAUUAGAGGUGUAGCCCAACGCGAAUGGGACGUCAAAGCAUGGACAAUGAAGCUUGUUGAGGUAUGGUGCCCCCAGCUCGGUGCGAACCCUUCUUCCAUCCGCCCAAGCCAGGUGAAGACCAAUCCUUUCCGGUUCAGCACGUCAUAUGCGCACAAGGUUCCCAGCAGUGAGGAAUCUGAUGCGUAUUUGGCAAACCUGCACAGGUUCUGCAAAAAUCAGUGCCGGCUCGGAGCUGCGUCUUCCGGACUAUGGCCUCGCAGUGGCAAUAGUAAUAGCAGUAUCAUUGAUAAUGGAGACAUUCUGCAGAGCGCGGAGUUGCGUGGCUUCCACGUCGUUCGUGCAAGCAUCAGAGACCAAGAAGGCAAGAAAUAUGUCUUUGUCUUGCAAGAGGCCGAGGCUUGGAAAGUAGCCGUCGGGCUGCAGCGGUUGAAGAAAGGGAGUCAAGUUAGGGCCCUGGGUGUGUGCGGCUUGCCUGCCAACGAAACCAACGCUGUUCUUGAGAGCCUGGGUAGACGGUAG